AUGGUCUCUGAACGAUACAUCCGGGAACGAUGCGAACGCGAGUAUGGUGAACUCCGCAACUUCGGAGGGAUUACCGACGAAGCGAAAUUCAGGUGGCGAGACAAAGGGGAACCAAAACCAUUUCUUUUCCCCAACCUUUGGGGCUGGCCGACGGGCGAUUAUGCGAUCUGGUUCGUCACAUCUGGAUCAGAUGAAACAGAUAUCCAGUACUUUUUGGACAACCGGGACGCUAUCCUCGAUCGCUAUUUGGAGCUCAUGGAAUUCCCCCAAGAAGAGAGGGUGUUCAUCAAGACGCGCUUAUUCAGGUGGCAUCGGCAUUUGCCCACAGGAGAAGAAUACGGUGUCCGCAGGCUACCUCCAGACGCCUGCUUGACGACGAGAUCCCUCCCUCAGUCUCCCAGCCUUGAGCAUGACCAACUGGAGUCUGAUUAG